GGUCCCACCCCUUUCCCGGUAAACUCCUGUCGCUCCCACUUCGGCGGCAGGAGUUCGAAGGGCCGGGAUCCCAGCACACCCUGCUUUCCCCAUGGUUUCGGUGACCAGAUCCGUGUUUGGAGAGCUGCCCUCGCGGGCAGGGACAGUGGAGAAGUUCCGGCUGCAGUCAGACCAGCUGGGAGUGGACAUCCUCUCCUGGGGGUGCACCAUCUCGGCCCUGGAGGUCAAAGACAGGCAGGGCAGAGCCUCAGAUGUAGUGCUGGGCUUUGCCGAGUUGGAAGGGUACCUCCAGAAGCAGCCCUACUUUGGAGCCGUGGUUGGCAGGGUGGCCAAUCGAAUUGCCAAGGGAACAUUCACAUUGGACGGGAAGGAGUAUAAGCUGGCCAUCAACAAUGGGCCCAACAGUCUGCAUGGAGGCGUCAGAGGGUUUGAUAAGGUCCUCUGGACCCCUCAGGUGCUGUCAAAUGGCGUCCAGUUCUCCCGGGUCAGUCCGGACGGUGAGGAAGGUUACCCUGGGGAGUUAAAAGUCUGGGUAACAUACACGCUGGAUGGUGGGGAGCUCGUGAUCAACUACCGAGCACAGGCCAGUCAGACCACACCCGUCAACCUGACCAACCAUUCUUAUUUCAACCUGGCAGGCCAGGGUUCCCCAAAUAUAUACGACCAUGAAGUCACUAUAGAAGCCGAUGCCUUUCUGCCUGUGGACGAAACCCUGAUUCCUACAGGAGAAGUUGCUCCAGUGCAAGGAACCGCAUUUGACCUGAGGAAGCCAGUGGCGCUUGGGAAACACCUGCAGGAGUUCCACGUCGGUGGCUUUGACCACAAUUUCUGUCUGAAGGGCUCCAAGGAAAAGCACUUUUGUGCGCGGGUCCAUCAUGCUGGAAGCGGGCGGGUCCUGGAAGUGCACACCACCCAGCCCGGGGUCCAGUUUUACACGGGCAACUUCCUGGACGGCACACUGAAGGGCAAGAGUGGAGCAGUCUAUCCCAAGCACUCCGGUUUCUGCCUCGAGACCCAGAACUGGCCCGAUGCAGUCAAUCAGCCCCACUUCCCGCCUGUGCUGCUGCGGCCUGGUGAGGAGUAUGACCACACCACUUGGUUCAGGUUUUCUGUGGCCUAAGGAAGUGUGAAGAUAUGACCUGCUCCAGGGCCAGGCUGGGAGCCCUUCAGCAGCCUGUCUCCUAUUCAGAGAUGAGAUGAAGAUCAGAGGCUUUAAAAGUGAUCCCGUGAAUUAAAAUCAUACAAAUGGAAGCUGUCAUGACAACCACUCUGAAUACUGAUCUCCUUUCCAGUGACUGGCUCUAA